AUGAAACAAAAGUUUCGGGUUUCCUACAAGUUACUAACAACACCCACAACCCCCACCACAACCCGUCCUCCCGAGCCAAAGAUCAACCCUGGCUGUGAAUGCAAUCUGAAGACUGUAUGGCUCGAUGUUUUCCUUCUCAUGGAUGCGAGUAUUAUGAUGGGUCAAAAUGGAAUAUCUUCGGUGGCUUUUGCAAAACUGACCGUGGGCCAGGCAGAAGAGUUCCAAACUCGAUUAGGAGUCAUUCGUUAUGCUAGUAGUGUCGAACUGGUCGCCGACCUCAAUAACUACACUUCAACGGAAGACCUCGAUGAUCUGGAAAUUUCAACGCUGAACGAAACUGGUUUCAACCUUGAUGGGUAA